CGCUCAUUGCUUGCAGUUUACAGAAAAUCUUUUAUAAUGACAUAAAGUCAACAAUGUUAACAUAAAUUAGUUACUAUCUGUUUAGAAUAUAAACAAACAGAAUUUCCAGCUCGUCCAAAACAUCAUAUAUAGCAAAUGGAUUUUACAAUUAGCGCUUUAUUGAAUAACGAUAUCAGCCAAAGUACAUGAUUAUUUUAAUUUUUGAUAAUAUUGAUAAAAGAUAAUGGCAUUUCGCCACAAUUUUAUUUACUGUUCAUUUUUAGUUUGAUGAGUUGAUCGUAGAAUUCCGUAUUUUUGGUGAAAAAUGGAAAAUGGUCAUGUGGAAGUAUCUUAUGCAAAUGAAAGGUUUGCUCACGAGAAGACGGAAAGUGUAAUGAGUUAUAGAAAUCAGUAUGGAGUUCCAGAAAAUUAUAACCCAGCAGAACAUCCAGCAGUAAGACUAAGGAACCAUUCAAAUGCAGAUCGAAGUGAAACCCAAAGGAAAAGAAGGUCGAAGAACAGAUUGUCCAACAGAAGAAGUACGGGGUAUGUUAAUGCCGAACUCGUUGAAGAAGCUUUUCAAAUGGGUCCAAACGGUAAUGGUGAAGGGGAAGAUUCAAAAUAAACACGUCUAUUUACUUUAUUAAGUUAAUUACCUGUGCCAAUUAAGAUGAAAAAUAGUAUUAAGAAAUUAACUGUAUAUGAGCAAAAUCGAACGUAUUUGAUUAAUUUUUAUUACACGAAAUUAAUGUAGAUAAAAAAUAAUAGUUUAGACUGUAGGGUUAUAAAAUUAAUAUUACCUUUAUAUUCAUUAGAAACUAGUCUAUUUCAAUGAUAAUAAGAAUUAUACCAUUGUUUUACCAAAUUAUGUUCAAAGAACUGGUAGCAUAAUUAUUAUUAAUUUAUCAAAUUUUUACAAUUUUUCUAUGAACAGAAAAUAAAAGACAAUAAAAAUUAAGCUAUUUUAUAGUAAAAUUGUUUUUUUAAAUUAUAUCAACAUUUGACAGUUAAAUGGAGAAUAAAAUAAUUACUUUAAGACUAAAUCAAAGUUACAAGAAUAGCUACGAUGUAGAAGAAUAAAUUUUGACAAAACUCACUUAAAAUGGAGUUGUUGAAUAUUUGUGGCAUCAAUAGCAAUAAGUCACUAAAUAGUAUAUACGUAAUUAGGCCUUUCAAAUCACGUAACUUUAAAUUGUGAAAAACAACAAAAAGUGAGUGUUUUGUAUCAAAAACGCUUCUGGUGAAGUUAUAGGUCAAACUUUGUUUUCAAGAGUUUUCGAACUUUCGUAUAUUUUUAUUGAGUGAACAUAUAUGCUUUGUGAAAAAAAUUAGACAAUAUAAGAAAUAUUAUAUAAUAUUUUUUGUACAUACUUCUAAAUGAAAAUGACAGAAAGUAAAUGUGUAACGAUGACAAUUUUUUGGAGCUACAAGAACAAUGUAUUUGAGAUA